GUAAAGUGUACGUGUCUCAUAUUGUGGACUACCUCCGCCACACCACCAGUCGCAGCUCCGAAGACACUGGGCUGGAGGAGCUGUGCAACAUGCUGGACCCGGAACACAAAGACGUCUCCAUCGACCUGGACACGUACCACGCCGUCAUGAGGGAGUGGAUCGAUGACUGCCGCAGUAACUGUCAGCAGACUGCCAACAACCUACAGGAGGACUCUGUCAAACUCAGAGACUGUGUUUCUGCCAGGAGGUCCACAUUGCUCAACAUGACCUCAGGAAGCCUGGAGGCGUUCGGAGGAGAAGCAUCCAGAGCCGAACUUGAAACGUCUGAGCUGGUUCACUGCAUUGCCGAUCUCCAGAUGAGCAUCCAGAAGCUCCAGGAGGAGGGCAAAAAGUUGAAGAAGGUGGUGGAGAGCAUGGAGGAGAGCAACCAGAAGCUAGCAGAGGAGAACGAGCAGCUGCACAACCAGGCCAGGGUGAACCAGCAGCUGGCUCAGAAGGAGAAGAUGCUGAAGGAGGAGGUGGAGGAGAUGAAGGCAACUCUGACCUCCACAGAGGAAGGCAGAGCUCGCGCCUCCGCUCACAGCAGACACAUGGUACAAAUCCACUCCCUCGAUGCUGUCAUUAGUGAGAAGGAGUCUGUUACAGUGGAGAAGAGCCGGCAGAUAGAUGAGCUGAAGGCAGCAGUGGAGGAAUACUCUGCCAUCACAGAGCUGCUCAGGAAGGAUAAGAACAAACUGGAGAACCAGCUGCAGAUGAUUCUCCCAGACCUGGCUGGAGCCAGCCUGUCGUUGGCCUACAGACUGAACCAGAGCAGCGUAGGAUCUCUGCACACAGAACUGGCUCUGGCUCAGUCACCACUGGAGGUGGCAGACGGAGUGGACCGCUGGUCCACCACACCGCUGGAUGAGACGCUGGACAGGGAGGUGCUGCUGAUGCUGCAGGGACCCCAUCCUGAACACAUGGCUCUGCAGUUCCAAACACUCUUCAACAAACUGAAAAGAGAUUUAACAGAAGAAACAAACUCUAUCUUCUCCUCCGUCAAAGACCUUCUGGACACACAGCCGGAGGAUGACUCUGACGCUCGUCUUCAGAAGGUGCAGGCCGAGCUGGACGCUCGCAGAGCCGACCGGCUGGUCAGCCUGGACCAGCUGGCUCAGUACACGGACUCGCUGGAGAAGGAGCUGAUCAAGAUGACCGGUAACCUGAGGAGGUCCCGCACGGAGAUCCUGCACCUGUCCGUCAGGGUGCAGGAGCAGGAGAACCAGAAGCGGCAGCUGUGUGACGAGCUGGACCGGCUGAAGACGUCUCAGGACAGCAGAGAGGCCUCGAGUGAGAACCCUGCAUCAGAGGAGGAGCCUGGAGUCGAGGUGGACUGGGACGAGGAGUUCUCUCUCCAGGACUUCUUGAAGCACGAACAGGUGGAGAGGAACUGCUGGUCGCAGGACGAGCACAGAGACCGCAAGCCCGAUGGGAAAAGCGAUAAGUUAACGGAUAAAGACGAAGAUGUGGAGGAGAGGUGGACGGUGGUUGGAACGACGGGAGGAGGAGAAGUGAGGGACACGUCGACUCCUCUCUCCUCCGUGUCUGUGGAGAUUCAGCUUGAAGGAGGCCGAGGCUCUGCAGCCUGCACAGAACCAGAACCAGAGCCAGAGCUUGAUUCUCAAGCUGCACAGGAAGAGGCAGCGGUACCAGAGAGCGCCCACACACAAGCUGUCAGCAAACAACACCCAGAGGCGGCUGCUCUCCCUGAUCCGUCCCACUCAGAAAACACAGCUGAGGGUUCCUGUGAAGCUGCAGAGAUCUGUUCUGGUUCUUCUGCUCAAACUCCGAGCCCACCGACCGAGCAGGAGCRAACCUUCACACCUGUGGACUCUGCAGCAGCAGACAUGGAUUCUCCCAGCAGAGCGACACCCCAACCUGAGCCGAGUCCAGACGAGAGCAGCCAGUCGACCGGCGACGAUCGCAGAGAGGAAGCUGGAGACGUCGAAGCGGACUCGAGCGCAGCAGAUAUGAGUCGACACAAGAGCCUGAGUCGUGAGCAGACGAUGGAUAAGUCUGCAGCUGAGGACAGCACAAGCCUGCUACCUGUGCUGGUGGAGGAAGAGGAGAGCGUGCAGGACGGUGCGACAGUGCCUGGGACGGAUCAGGCUACCUGCAGCGGGCCGAACAUCAACGCUGAGAAGAGCGCUCCUCGGCCGGGGUCAUCAGUCAGCAGCCAAUCAGGAGGGGGAAUGAGCGACACGACCUUUGACCCCAGCAGCACGGAGCUAAGCGGGGACAAAAAGGAGUCGAUUCUAAAAAACAAAAAGGAGCUGACGCUCAGCUUGGAGAGCAGGGAGAAAGUUCAGGAAGAGCCCAGUGAGCCCGGUGGGGCUUCUCGCAGAGGAUCUGACACUGCUGGGAUUUCUGAAACUGAUGUUUACAAAGAAGACAAAAACAGUUUGUCACCUAGCGAUAAGGAAAUUGAGGCAGAGUUCCAGCGCCUGGCUCUUGGGUUUAAGUGCGACAUGUUCACCCUGGAGAAGAGGCUUCGGCUGGAGGAGCGGUCACGUGACCUCGCUGAGGAAAAUGUGCGCAGGGAGGUGUCCAGCUGCCAGGGUUUGCUGCAGGCUCUGACUCCUCUGUGUGAAGACGACAGCCAGUCCAUGGAGAUCAUCCAGAGGCUCAAGAAAAACCUGGAUAUUCUCAUCCAGUCCAUGACCCGAGUGUCCAGCCGCUCUGAAAUGUUGGGAGCCAUCCACCAGGAGAACCGCAUUGGCAAAGCGGUGGAGGUGAUGAUCCAACACGUGGAGAACCUGAGGAGGACGUACACCAAGGAGCACGCCGAGCUGCUGGAGCUCAGGGAGGCGCUCAUGCAGAGCGAGCGCUCCUUUGGAUCCCAAACGGAAAAAGAUUAUUUUCCUGGCAAGAAACCGUUACAAAAUAAGUCCGCCAGGAGAGUCAGCAUCGAACCCAUCGCCCGCUCCGGGGGCAACAUGCAGUUUGAUUUGGCUAAACUCCAGGAYGGUUCAGAGGCAGACACAGAGAAACUGAGCAGGCGAACCUCCUGGAAUGUGGCAGGGAAGAGCAUGAUGCGCCCCCCACUAAAACGUUUUGUUAGCUCUGUGGCCUGGGUUGAUACAGAAGAGCCCUCUGUCAUGAUGAAGGGCAUGGCGGCGCACGCCCACUGGCCCACCUGCGACGACACGGACRGCCAGUCUGAGGACGAGCAGAAGGAGGAGCAGGAGGAGCUGGGGGAGAGGAGGAGGUCCAGUCUCAGUGAGCUGGGCAGCAAACUCACCUCCCUCAUAAUGCCCCUGAAGACCCCAAGCUCCUCGUCCACGCCGGCAUCUACAGAUCCGGGGGCUCCGCMGUCCGUGACCCACAGCCAGGCCGGGUCCCGCUCAGCUCCUGCAGCGGUGGCCAGAGGAGGCCGAGGGUUCUGGCUGUGGUUAGCUCUGAUAGUGGUGUUAGCAGGUCUGCUGGCCCUGCUGGCCCACCUGGUGAUGCAGCAGCCCGCUGCGGACGCAGCGCCCGUGGGGACGGGGGACUCCUGGAUGACCAUCCAGCAGCUGCUGUGGCCGUACGCGGGGCUUCGACACAACGGGCAGCCCCCYGUCUAACGCGGGGUCCCGUGGGGAGGGCGGUUCUACGACCGGGCGGCUCUCUGCGGCGGGUACCGAUGGAGAAACAAGAGGCUGCUGGGAUCAUCUAACGGUGCCUGAAUAUUCCUGAAAGACUUGCACAGACAGGGCCUCGGGGGGUGGUUAACUCCACGGAGGGUUUUAUGUAUCAGAUCAGGUUUGUUAAAUUAAUCUGUGUUUCUACACGUCUGUCUACGAGGAAACACAGGCGGCGCCCAAUCGGACUCACCGCAGGUCUAAUCAUGCUGCGCACAACACUGACCAAUCACGGCACAGGGAUUCAAACUAUAMCCAGUCUCUGAAUCAUGUGGCUUUUAAAAACAUUUCACCUACAGUUUUUUUUUCCAACAAAUAACUUGAGUUUGAACACUGGUAAUAAACUUAGAUUUUAUGUGUUUGUUAUUUAAGAGAUUUAGUUUUUUGUGUCUUUAUUCUUAAAGUAUCAAGAGUUUGGAGACGUCUGAAUUAUUGACUGAUUUCUACUUGUUUUAACACCAAAGCUUUUUUUAUUCUUUGUUUUUUUUCUGUGGUUUUCACAGUUUAAAUACAAACUUUUUGUAUGUUUCCAAAGAAGCUGCGUGGAACUUUGCACAAAUAAAGUAGCUUAUUCUACAACA